AUGUACUGCCAAGGCACUGAAUCCGGUGUAAAAGAUUGGGUGUCAACAUUGGUGAAGAAGCCCGCGGAGAAACUGUUUGACGAUGGCAUUAAGCAAGAGCAAAAGGUCCCUUACGGCAAACUGGAGGAAAUCGAGACCGUCAAAGAGUACGGUGCCACGAUGGAAGCUCUGGGCGUCCGUAGUUGGUGGAGGAGGGGAAUGGGCUAUAUGGGUGAGACUUGA